AUGAUUGACUGUGGGAAGAUGGACAGGGAAAGGGGAUUUGCAAAAUCCCUGACGCAAUGCCGGGCAACAUGCACAGAGCUCUUCAACCUCAUCAAGGAUGAGGAGAAGGCUAAAGUCAGGCGCUGGGAAGAUGAGCGACCAAGCCUUGAGCUUCUUAUAGCUUCCCUAAACCAGGAUACUCGUCGCAUUCUGGCGGAGGAGAUGCAGGCGCUGCGCUCCGAUCUGGCCCGUCUGGACGCGAGCAGCCGUGUGGAGGCCGAGCGGCGCCGCGCGGAGGAGAGCGGGUGGGCCGAGGUAGCGCGGCUGGAGGAGCAGCUGGAGAAGACCACGACGAGGCUGGACCGGGUCAAGCAGCAACUCUAUUUUCCGGAAGUCAAGGGUUACAGGUUCAGCAGUGGUAGCGGCGGCAUCUACGUGGCCGCACGGGACCUGCACGUUAGCGAGGUUAGCGGCCGCUUCGAGUUCACUUGCGAGCCGAUCAAGCACCGGGCCGGCGUCACCGCAGCCACCAGCGGCGGCGGCGGCGGCGGCGGCGCUACCUCGGCGGCAGCGGCGGCGGCAGCGGCGGCUCAGGGGAACCGUGUCGCGCGCCUGACGGUGGCGCUGGGCGGCGUGUCGGCAUCCACGGCACUUGCGGAAUGGAGCGAGGCCCGUCGAGGCGGCUUGCAGCAGGCGGCGGCGGCAGCAGCAGCAGCGCCGCUGCCGCCAGGUUCCGCCGACUCUUCCGUACGACCUGGCACCGCCGCUGCCAGCAGCCGGCAAAGCCACGCAAACAGCACUGUGUCCGCCCAGAGUGUGCAGGCGGAGGCGACGGGCGCAGUGGCGGCGGAGGCGGGCGCAGUGGCGGAAGGUGACGCCAGCGGCAGCGGCGGACUGGACCCUUCCGCGUUGGCAGCCCAAUUCGGCGGCAGGCAAGCGCCGCAGCCGCAGCUACCGCCACAGCAUCAACUACAGCAGCAGCAGCAGCAGCCAAAUACACAAGUUUCCACACCAUCCGGACGGUCAGGGCCUUCAACGCCGGGGACGACGCCAUCGCCGGCGACGACCCCCACUGCCGCCACCGCAGCCGUCGCGGCCAGUACCGCCACCAGCACGGGGGGGCCCGGUGAGGGUGUAGCGAACUUCCUGUCGGGGCUAAAGAACAAGAAGGAGAAGCUCAAGAGCAUGGUGGGCGGUCUGGUAGGGGAUCGUGACCGUCCAGAAAGCCUCGCAGGAACUGGGGCUGGGGGACUGGGGCCGGGGUUCGGGCCCGAGCCAGGGCUCGGCGGCGGUGGCGGUGGCUCUGCUGUACAGGCGUCGUACCACGACAUGGACGUCCCUGGAGGCGGCGGCGCUGGUAGUGGUGGGCGACUGCGUACCCAGAUGAUGGAAAAGCUACAGGACGGGCUGUCGGAGGGACGUGGCAAGUUGAGCCGCAUCAGCAAGGCCAUCGCGACCAAGGCGCCGGAGGCGCUGCGGGACAUCAAGACCAAGAUACGACCCGCGGGUCGCCCCGGUAGCGCUGGCGGCAGCGCGGAGGUCGGCUGGGAGGCUGAGGGCGCCGUGAGCCGUCGCAGCUGCUGCUUCCCACCAAGAGUUGUGCUGGCAACAGCGGAGGCAACGGAGGCGGCGUUGGGAAUGGCGCAGAGAGCGCUGCUGGGCGAGCGAGUGGAGCUGCUAGGGGAGAAGGGGACAAAGGUUCCCGAUACCAGUAUCCGGGAAAUCAUGUUGGAGGUGGAGGUGGCGGUGACGGCGGUGUUCGAGUUCCAUGCGGUGGGGGGCACCGCGGGGGGGGGCGGCGCGUGGCUGGCUCCGGAACCCGUGUCCUUCAACAUCCUGCAGCUGGAUCACCGCAUGCGGGGAAACACGCUGCCCCUGCCGAGAACUCUACUCAAGGGCCUGCUCAACGCCUACAUGCCGGGUUUACUGACGGGUCUGUUGUCCGGUUUGCUUCCCGCCGAGUUGGGCGCCUACACGGCCGCCAGUGGGGAGACCCAGGCGCUGAGCGGGGAGUUCAAGGUGGCAGGGCCCUCGCUGUCCACCACCGUCACGAGCAUCGCACCGCCAGCCAAGCCCCCUAGCGACCCAGCCCGACGAGCCCAAUGGGCGGCAGUGCAGGCGGCAGCCAGCCGAGCACGUGCCAUGUUGGGCCUGAGCGAGGCGCAGGCGGCCGCGGUUUCGGAGCUGUUCUACACCACCUACAGCCGGAGCCAGCUGUGGACACCGCUCAUGGGGUUGCUUAAUCGGGCACUGCAGGUAGUGUCGGUGCUGGUGUCGGUGUUGUGGUUUAGGUGCCUUGGGGAUUGGGAAUUUUGGUUCUGGAAUGCACGUUUACCCCGGGCCGCCUUUGAAUACCACGGAGUUAGGCCAGAGGACCGUUUUCCUCUGGCCAGUUUCAUGGAGGGUCCCGUGGCCCGCCUUGUUCGCAAACCGCUGCGCAUCGCCUUCACCAUCGAGCGUCUGUCGCUGUGCGUGGACUGCGAUGCGGCGCUGACCACUCUGCGGGACUACUUUGAGCGCCUGGCUAGGGAGUUUGAAGCCAAGGGGGCCGGCCGUGGAGGCGGCGGUGGGGGCGGUGGCAGCGGCGGUGGUGGUGGCGGUGGCAGCGGCAGCGGCGGCGACUCGGCGGCGGGGGGUCCCCAUCGGGAGCCGCUGGAAGUGCAGCUGGAGCUGCUCGACUUGUGGCAUGCUUCCCUGGCCAAGAUGUUGAGGACGUUUAAACAGCGCUUCCGCUGUGCUGGUGCAACUCUGCUCGCAUCGGCGGACCGGCGGGUGUUUCAGUUUGGUGCAGAGAGCGUGUCGUACGACGGGCCGCUGAAGCUCAAGGUGCCGCUGGACUUAGCCAUGGACCCGGAUGGCUCUUUCCUUCUGGAUGUGAAACUGCCCGACCGCGAGGAAGCCACCAAGUCCAUUACCAGCCUGCUCACGGAGGUCAUGUACUCCCUGUCGACUACACACAACAGUGCCGCCGCAGCUGCAACAGCUGCUAGCGCCACCGCCACGGCGGCGGCGGCGGCGGCGGCGGCCGCAGCGGCAGCUGGUGCCGCCGCGACCACACCUACUUGCGGUGGGGAUGGCGGUACCAGCAGUAGCAGCCCUGUCGCUGUCAGCAGCACCGCUGCAGCUGCCGCGGUCGCGGCGGCUGCGUUCGUCAGCAGCAGCGGCGGUGGCGGCGGCGGCGGCGGUUUGAACACAGUCUUUGUGACGCACCAGCACCAGCUGUCGCAGGAGGUCGCCGGUGGCAACGGCGGCGGCGUUCUGCUGCCGCCGCCGCUGACGGAGCCUCCCUCCCGUGAGAGCACCGCUCAGGCGGUGUUUACGAGAGCUGCUGCUGUCCAGGGCGUGCUGGGUGGCGGCGGCCAGCCACCGUCAGCCAGCCUUUGGCAGCACCACCACCACCACCAUCGUCAAAAACCGCAACAACAACAACAACAACAACAACAACAGCAGCAGCGGCCUGCGUCGCCAGUGGCAUUGACACCAUCUGGGUCGGCGUUGUUCGAGAUUGGACAUGAGUGGGCUGCGGCGCUAGCGGAGGGCAUGCCGGAGGGCAGCGCGUUGGCUUCGGGUGCGGCGCCGCUGCUGCAGAACCCCGUCGUCGGACAGCUUUGUGUCAAAAAGCUGGCCUUAAAUCUCAAACUGGAUGAGGAGCGCGUCGCCGAGCUGCUAGCCAUGCAGGGAGGAAUGCUGCCGCUGACGGCGGCGGCAGCCGCAGGCGGUUGGGGCGCCGCCGCCAGUUCCGCCAGUUCCGCCAGCUCCGCCAGCGCUGAUAUCGCCGGUCGUCUUCUUGGCUGCUACGGCGACUUGUUCACGGCCUCUUUGGAUUUGGGCUGGCGGCCGGAUAGUGAUGCGGACUGUGCGGCGCAGCGGCCGUGUUGCAUGUUGACGGUCCAGAGCAACGAUAUCACUCGGCUUCGGGCAGAGGUGGAGGGGCUGUGGUUCCAGUCGACGGUAUCGCCACGGCUGGCCGUCAGGGUGCUCCAAGCCGUCGUGAUUGCGCUGGUUCUCAAAUUCCACGCAGCCGAUUCAUACUCGAUACGGUUCUGGAACAAGGCCUUCAACCAGAUACACGAGUAUUUGUCGCGAGGCAGCCUGGAUUUGGCUGUAUGUCUGUCCAUGCGGGCUAUCAUGGAGAGGUCUACGGACCGGCUUAGGGUGGAGUUAUCAGGGCAGGAUCUCAAUGCGGCGGCAUCAGGGCCGGCAGCAGGCGGGGCCCCAGGAGGGGGCCAAGGAUUGCUGGGGCGGGGCAAAGAUGAACCGCCCGCAUCCGCAUUUCGUUGGCAAAGAUCUGCUUCCCGUGGCGCGACUCGCAUUCCGGGUCGGCGGCGCGCUAACACCGAUGAGGUGAAACUCUUGAUGCUGGGAUACCGACAGGAGCUCGGUCGCGAGUUUACGUUGUUCAACUGCUUCGGCAGCAGCUUUACGGCGCUCAGCAGCCUGACUGCCCUAGGGGCCUUGAAGCAGGCGCUAGUGGGCACAUCUAAGAACGUGUCCUUGGACCCGCAAGGGCCCCUAGACCGGACCGGACACCUACCUCUCGCGACAGCGCCCGCGGGUGGGACGUACGGCAUUGGAUUGACGUACGGCGGCCCGGUCGUUAUGACGUGGGGCUGGCUGGUGGUCACGUUCUUCACCACCUCUGUGGGGCUUAGCAUGGCGGAGCUCGCCUCCGCCUACCCCACCUCGGGGGCGCUGUACUACUGGUCGUACAAGCUGGCUCCAAAGCGGCUCCGAAACCUAGCCUGCUGGAUGACCGGCUGGGUGCUCACCAUGGGCCAGGCCGCCUUCUCAGCUUCCAACGUUUACACGUUCGUACAUUUGGUGGCAGCUGCCAUACGAGUGCAGUACGGUAUAGACCUUGCACCCGUACAGCAGUUCCUGCUGCUGCUGGGCUGCCUCACCCUCAUCGGGCUGCUGAACUGCGGCUCGGCCCGCCUGACAGCGUACAUGAUCACAUUGGGGACACUCACACUGGGACUCUACCGGUUCAUCAUGUACCGGCCCCUGCUGCUGCUGUCCAGCCACUCCCUCAGUGUAAAGGCGCAGUCGCGGUUGGGUUUUUGGCGCCAAGCAGGGCGCCGCAGUUGGCAUGUGGUCGCUCUGGCUGCCUUCUGUGUAACUGUACCGCUGCUGGCACCCGCCCGGCAGAGUGCGCAGUACGUGUACACCUCCUGGCAGCCCCACCACAGCUACACGGGGAUUGCCAGCCCCAUGUACACGGUACUGGUGGGACUGCUCAUGCAACAGGUCAGUACAGGUGUCCGCUUCUUCCUCCCGGGUCCCUUUAAACUGGGGCCGCGACUGUCGUACGCCAACAACGUCGUCUCCUUGCUGUGGGUCAUCACCGUCACGGUGCUCUUCACACUGCCCCAGGUGUAUCCGAUAGAACUUAUAAACAUGAACUGGAGCGCCCCCAUACUGGGCCUGGCCGUGGCGCUUGCGCUGGCCUGGUACUACUUUCCAAAGUACGGCGCCAAACACUGGUUCAUCGGUCCUCGGGCGAACCUCGGUCAGUUCAACGAUGUGCUGCCGUCGGAGGUGACCAGGAUGGCGUCGCAGGACGCAGCAUCGCAGGAGGCGGCGGCGGCGGCGGCCGCCGCCGCCGCUAUCACCGCCGCGUCGCGGUUGUCGCAAGUGGUGGAAGAACCGGACAUGGAGCCAAUCGCCGCCGCCGCCGCCGCGGCGGCAGCAGCAGCAGCUACUGCGGCGGCGGCGGCGGGCGCCGCCGCUGCUUCUGCCGCCGGCGGCACCGCCGCCACCUGCACCUCCGCCGCUCCCGGGCUUCAUCCCGCAGAGCACCGCAACAGCAGCGCCACCUGCGUCCGCCGUAUUUCACGGCACUCGUCCAACAAGGCCCUCCGCGCCACGCCGUCCGUCACCGCAAGCGGCUUCUUUCCAGUGGCGGCGGCGGCGGCGGCCGGGUGUUUAUCAAAUGACGGCGGCGGCGGCGGUUGCGACAGCAGUCAGGACAACGUACUGCAUUACAGCGGCAGCUUGGGUACGAGGAUUCGCAACGGCGGCGGCGGCGGCAGCGCUGCCGCUGGCGUGGCGGCGAUUGCUAGCAGCCCCACGCACCGCCACGCACCCUCUGAGCCCGCCAAUCGGUCCCGACGUUCCUCGGCGGUCAGCCUGCUUGACGGCCGUCUGUCGUGCGGCUCCCAUAUCGUACAGCUGCUACAAGAUACGGGGUUGGUGGAUGAGAACGGCCUGCAGGCCAUGGCGGCGAUGUACGGCGGCAGCGAUAGCAGGGCAUCGUUGCCGACGGUGACCGACGGCCGGCCGCUGCACGAGCGGGAUCGGGAACGUGAGCGCGGCGGCGGCACCGCCACACGCCGACUGUCAAUCUUAAGCGGCAGCAGGCCGUCAGCUGGCGGCGGCGGCGGUGGCGGCGGCCGCGUCGAUGGCAGCUUUGCCAUUUGGGCUGGUUGGUCGGGUGGCAGUAGCGGUGGUCAUACUGGCGGUAGCAACGGCCGCGGCGGUGGCGGUGGCGGCGGCGGCGGCGGCGGCAGCUCCUCAAGGCUAAGCAACGGCGGCGGAACCGCCAGCGGGACGCGUGAGGGACGCGGUCGGGACCGGAUGAAACCAGCUGUACAAGUUCUGACGGCGGCAGAAGCCCGAGAAGGCGGCUGCCGCAGCGCCGGCGCCGGCGGCAGCAGUACUUCGCUGCUGGCGCUCGGAGCUGACAACAUCCUAGUUCGUGAAUCCGAUAGCGGAAUGCAAAUUGCCGCCUCCGCCGCCAGCGCCGCUACCGCCAGCGGUGCCGCCAACGCAACGCGCCGCCGCCGAGCCUCCGUUGCUGCCGAUGCGCUUAUCGCAGAGAGCGACGAUGGUGGUGACGCUGGCAGUGCCGUCGCUAUUUCCGAUGCCAACGGUGGCGGCGGCGGUGGCGGCGGCGGCCGCGAGGACGAGCAAGACUGCUUGGAGCGAGGAGGGGGCCGAUGGACGCCGCCGGCCUCUCUUGGAUGCGCCUGGUAG